UGAGCAAGUUGAACUUUCAGAUGGAACGGCGAUAUCGCGAAGGCGAAAGAAAUACAUGGCUGUUAGGCGAUGCUGGGUAUCCAUUGCAGCCUUGGCUAAUGACUCCGUAUCGGUCCGUAAAUCAUGGCAGCCAAAAAAGAAGUUACAAUAUGAGGCACUCUAAAACGAGAAAUAUUGUAGAGCGGACAAUUGGGGUCUUGAAGAAUCGUUUUCGAUGCUUGUUGGGAGCUCGAGAACUACACUACUCACCGGAAAGAGCAUGUCAAAUUGUAAACGUUGCUUGUGCCCUCCAUUAUAUUUGCAUCCACUACAAAGUGGAUGAUUUGAGCGCAAAUGAAUUCGAUUUUGAAAACCGUGAGGAAGAGGAAGAAGAACAAAGCAAUGACCCCAAUUAUGCUUCCAUAGCAAACCGUAUUAGAGACAAUAUACUUUCUGCUUUUUAAAUUAAAAUAUUUUAUAUUCAUUUUUUAUUUUAUUCAAAAUAUGCCCUACAUUACUCUAUUAAAUAAAAACAAUUGCAUUCAGUCCAUUUUACAGCUCCUACAUUAAAAAAUUAAAUGCUUUUUUUUCAUUUCACAGCU